AACGGGCGGUGGAGACUGAGUGAAGCCGCUGGUUGAAAACUACAGCAGGAGAAGGAACACAGUCUGUCUGUCGGUGGGUAGUAGCACAUUCCUGACAGACUAUUCCCUUUAAAAUGGCGUAUCACAGUCCGUACAGACCUCCACCGCACAUUAGCCACCCUCCGGACCAGGGCUUUCUGUGGAAUAUUUUCCAGAGGGUUGACAAAGACCGGAGCGGAGUGAUAUCGGACUCAGAGCUUCAGCAAGCCCUAUCGAAUGGCACAUGGACUCCUUUCAACCCAGUGACGGUCCGCUCCAUCAUAUCCAUGUUUGACAGAGAAAACAAAGGCGGGGUGAACUUCAAUGAGUUUGCAGGCGUGUGGAAGUACAUCACAGACUGGCAGAACAUCUUCAGGACGUACGACAGGGACAACUCUGGUUUCAUUGAUAAGAAUGAGCUUAAACAGGCUCUGACUGGAUUUGGUGAGCAGCAAAGAUAUCGUCUGUCAGAUCAGUUCUAUGGGACGCUGAUAGAGAAGUUCGACCGCCAGAGGAAGGGGCAGGUGGCAUUUGAUGACUUCAUCCAGUGCUGUAUUGUACUACAGAGGUUGACUGACGUGUUCAGGCAGUAUGAUACGGAUCAGGAUGGCUGGAUCCAAGUGUCAUAUGAACAAUAUCUAUCCAUGGUCUUCAAUAUAGUAUAACACACCCACUUGGACCGCCACAGAAGAGCACAACUGGACACAACUGUGCCAAAGCUACAGGCACCUCCCAGAAGUCUGCCAUGGUGGACACUACAAGAUUUUUUUAACCAUAACUUAUUUUGUCCCAGUUUGGCUGUUUCAUAAUUUUGACAGGAAUUUGUAAACUCAGAUAAAGAAACAAAUUAAUAAAGUGAGGAUACUUCUAGGUGCAAAUGCAACACUUGAUAUAUUAAAAAAAUCUUGUAGUGUGUUGUAAGAUGUAUUGUAUUACGUCUGUGUUGGGGACUCUGGGCUGGGGUAAAUCAUGGACACAUCUGUCUUUCUGUCAGUCUGUCUGUUAUUGUUGAUAAACUUUUUAAUGUCUUAACUUUAAUUCAAUUAAAAAGAAGUCUCUUUUGAGAGUAAAUGAUGCUUUGUAAAUAUGAGUUAAGAUGCAUUGCAUGCUUAUCAGGGAAAUGUAGCCCCACAACGAAGCAUGCUUUCCCUUCCUCUUGUCUUUCUCUCAGCCCUAUUUUGCUCAAAGCCAUGUUUACAAGUACUGUGAAAGCAGGUCAUGUUCUGCUUUGAGAUUCACUGACAUGCCAGCUUACAUGCCAUAUUUGUAUAAACUUAUUUUUAACAGCAAAUCUUCAAAUGUUAGAACAUAUAAUUUUGGGUAGAGGGUACGCAUAAUGCCUUUAGUAUGGCUUAUUUUUUGUGCAUGAUGCCUUAAAAUGUGUAAAAAAAACAAAAAACAAAACAAAGAACAAGAACAACACAGAAGAGAAAUCUUUUAUUAAAAAAAAUGAGAAUCUUA